CAGUGUUCCAACUGGAUACUAUAUGAUCUGAUCCAUGCUGUUCCAUUUUUAAAUCGAUCGCUGUUGCAUUAUUGCAUUUCGUUUCAGAAGAAAACAGCGAGACAAAAUAGAUUUUAAACCUAGAGAUUUCGCCUUUAAGGUACUAAUGUUUAUUUUUUUUUCUUUUUUACCAUGGAAAAAAGUAGCAACAUUUAGCUGCCCCAUAGUCAUAACAAGCUAACGCUACUAUAACGAAGCUUGGGACGACGUUACAGCCAAGUUUUUGUACAAACCAUUGUAGUCUGCUGGAAAAAAAUGUAUUAUUAAGCAGUGACCACCCCUCGCCAUUCUUGAAUUCAGAAUCCUUCACAAAACACAGGAGGGUUCUGCCUCACCACGAGAAGAUCAACCUCCUGGAUAUGCUACGAGGAGGGAAAAGUUGUGCCGAAGUAGCUCGCCACUAUGACCUGAACGAGAGUACUGUCCGAUACAUAAAGAAGAAGGAGACUGAGAUAAGAACGACCCACGGACUAUUGGAGAUGAUGGAACCUCAGCAAUGUGAAACAAGCAGGCAGGAUGUUGCAGAUGAUGGCGCUCAGCCUACUUGUAACUUCACGGAGAGACGCCUACGCAGCUUUAAAACCAGUAAGUGUACAAAUGCAGAACCCCAACCACGAAUCUCCACUGAAAGGCCAAAAAGAAAAACACAAUCAAACCUGACUUGCAUGUCAUCAGUGACAUCAGAUGGCGAUGAAGCAGAAGUAGAGGUUGUCGUAGAAGAAGAUGAAGAAUACAAAGAAGACGAUGACGCUGAAGUACCAAAGAGGCAGAAAGCCAAAAAACGGAGAAAAGCGAAGGGAAAAGACAAAAUAUUGCCGACCAAAGAAUAUAUUGCAGAGGAGUCAGAGCACAUGUAUGACACCCACAUUUGCCACAAGUGUCGACGCUGUUUCAAGAUGCGCUCCCAUCUCCAAGAGCACCUCCAUGUGCAUUUUCCUGACCCGGCUCUGCAGUGUCCCAUCUGUGAGCGGUUCUUCACCAGCAGGAGCAAACUUCGCGUGCACCAGCUACGUGAGGCGGGCGAAAAGGUCCACCGUUGCCAUUUGUGUGAAUACUCCGCCGUGGAGCCGAAUGCCAUCCAACGCCACCUCACCACGGUUCACUCAGAUGAAAUUGAAGAGGACCCAACACGCCACAGCUAUCACUGUCCCACUUGUGGUCAAAGUUUUGGCCAGAGUGGGUCACUGAAAGCUCACAUAAAGACUCAUCAUGCCCAAACACCCAAAAUGGCUGUAGCCUGCUCCCACGAUGGUUGUCCUUUCCGGAGUCAUUUGCGCAGGGCUCACAUGCGACACGCUGCAGAGGAGCAUAGGAUCACAGCUGUGGGGUGUCGCCAUCAUGCCUGUGUUGCUGUGUUUCCCACUGAGGAGACCAUGGAGAUUCACUUCAAGACCCACCUCGCUUACCACUGCUCGCAAUGUGAUUUCUCGUGUUCUAACAAGGCCACUUUCCUCCGGCAUCAGCGGCAGGGUCACGCGGGCAGUGAGAAACUCUGCUGUGAAUUUUGUGACUUUUUUACGUUCAACCCAGUGAAAUUCAAGCAGCACGUUGGACACUUACACGCCAAUGAGAAAACUCACCGCUGUUCGCAGUGCAGCUAUGUGACAUCACACAAGAGGGCCUUGAAUCGACACAUGGUGACGCACAGUGGUGAGAAGCCGCACAAGUGUCAGGUGUGUGACUUCAGGUGCCGAGACGAGUCGUACCUCUCAAAGCACAUGCGCACACACUCAAAUGACAGGAACUUCAUGUGUGAGGAAUGUGGCUACAUCACAAAGUGGAAGCACUAUCUAAACAUCCACAUGAGGAAGCACGCAGGAGACCUCAGGUAUGAGUGUGAUCAGUGCCCAUAUCGCUGUCACCGCAUGGACCAGCUCAACAGCCACAAAUUACGACAUCAGGCCAAAUCACUUAUGUGCGGGAUCUGCACAUAUGCCUGCAAACGUAAAUGUGAACUUCGCAAUCACAUGUUGGCUAAACAUUUGGUAGAGGGCAAGCAAGCAUCUGUACACAAGUGUAAAUACUGUGCCUACACGACGGGUUUCCGACAAGCCCUUCAAAAUCACGAGAACUGUAAACACACCAGACUUAAACAGUACCGCUGUGCUCUUUGUCUCUAUUCUUCGUUCAGUAGCAUCAGCCUCUUCCUGCACAAGAAGAAAGCUCAUGGUUAUGUGCCUGGUGACAAAGUAUGGCUGGAGAAUUAUGCUGCCAAAGAGAGGGAGAGGAACUCUAAUAGCAUGCUACAAGACUCACUGACAGUUCAUAAGAGAUCUGGGUUGUCCAUCGAAGAACCCAUUCCAACGGAAGAGUCUGAUCCUGGCACUCAGGCAGAUCAGAGUGCCACAACAGCUGCUGAAGGUUGUUCAGAAGCUUUUCCAUCACCGGAUGCUAAUGCUCUCCUGAAUAAGGAGCUGACCAGUGAAGGAAUAUCAUAUAUUCCUCCAGCUGUGACCAGUUUAGAAUACUGCACCCUUGUUUUAACAACACUGAGCCCUGAAUGUGAAUAUGUUUUUUUGCCAAAGGAGGAAGUAAGUUCUCAUAUUACAUCUACUACCUCAGAUUUGGCUAAACAAAAAGAAGCCAUGACUAUGUCUAUAAAUUCACCUGAAGAAGAUGAGACAAACACUAUUCAUGAUGAGGGUGAAAAAAGUUGUGAUGAGUCUGACAAUGAAACUCUAGAAUUUCCAUCUGAGAAAGAUCAGAUCUUGGAACAUGAUGGCCCUUUGAAUCCUACAAGAACACAAGCUGAAGUUCCCGUUUUGGGCGGCAGGGUCCCAACACAAGAGCAGUGCUCUUAUGUUACCAAGAAAGAGAAGACUAUUCAGAGCCACCGUCGCUCUUGUGGUAGAUUGCAGCAUCAUGAGGGUCAGCCUUCUAGUUACUCGUUGAAAGGGAGAGAGGGCCUUGAUGGCCAACUUGUCAAGAAGUGCCCACAAACAUUUAUUAACAAGGGAGCUGAACAGAUAGAAACCAACUCUACUGUGAAUCAAGACACUUCUGAGAAACGCAAAGGAGCAGAUAUUCUCCCACAGCAAAAAGGUAUUUCAGCAGCAGUAGAUUAUCACGGUGGCUCUGUUCAUAGUGCCUCUAUGUCCAGUGAGCUAAAUUGUAAUCAAAGUCAACAUGGAGAGAUUUCAGUGCACAAACACGUAGCACAUACUGGGAAAUUCAUGUGCAACUUUUGCAGUUUUUCAUCAGUCAAGAUCGCAACAGUUAAUCGACACAUUUCCGGUUGUCAAAAACGAAAAGACAAUGAAGUCAUCAGUAUUCCAGUCAAAGAAAAGCCGCCUAUUGAGGAUGGUUCUGGGAAACGUUUUUCUGGUGUGUCUGAGGGUGGAAUAAGAAAUGCUUUAGCUAUCCAGGAAAAGCCCAAUGUGGUCCAGAGCGCUACGUGUGUUGUUAAACCAAAGCAUUUAACCCCCAACUCUACCGUCAAGCAAGAGGGAUGUCAAGCUCAAAACCAAACGAGUGCUUCGUCCCCUCACACAUGUCGUUAUUGUCCUUUCAUCACCACCAGACGUUACCGUUUGGCAGAGCACCAGUCCCGUCACACAGGAACCGGACGCCACGUCUGCAACGUCUGUGACAAGACCUUCGGAUCGGUAACAAAGCUGCGUCAGCACAAAGUGCGUGUCCAUGAUAGACAACCCACUUUUCCAUGCUCAUUUUGCGACUACAGCGGCUACACAGUUGAUGAUGUAAGGCGACACACUCGCAGGUGUCACAUGGGGAACUCAAAUCAUGACUGCAUUGAUUGCGAGGCUAGCUUUAGUUCAGAAGCGGCUCUGAGAUACCACCGCAAACGAGCGCACCGGGAGCGGGCAUAUUCUGCCUGCGAACGCUGCGACUUCUCUUGCAGCAGUGAGGCCACUCUGAGGAACCACCAACGGAGCAAGCACCAGGAGUCAUUUGAGACCAAAGAAAUCGGUCAGGCUUAUCGGAGAAUCCACCUCACCCACCAGUGUCAGCUCUGCUCUUUCGCUGGCAAAACCAGACAGCUUCUCGCACAGCACCUUCUUAAGGAGCAUGAGGAGUCCACCUUAAACAAACCACUCCGGUGCGGAAGCUGUACAUUUGCUUGUCGGCAUCCACUGGUGUUAGAACAGCACCUCCGCUCGCACGAAGGCAAGCCCGUGUACAAGUGCGGAGAAUGCAAGUACUCGACAGGCAGCAAGCAGAAGAUCACCUUGCAUGUCCGCAUACACAUGGGAGAGAAGCCCUACAGGUGUGAGAUUUGUAGCUACGCCUGUGUCGAUCCCUCAAGGCUAAAGCUUCAUAUGCGGGUUCACCGAGAAGAGAAAAAGUAUCUUUGUCCUGAGUGUGGCUACAAAUGUAAGUGGGGCACUCAGCUGAAGUACCACAUGACCAAGCAUACAGGAGAGAAGCCGUACCCCUGCGACCAAUGUGACUACCGCACCAACCGAGCGGACGCCCUCCAGGUCCACCGGGUCACGCGUCACUGUGAUGUGCGCGCCUAUGUUUGCGAGAAAUGCGGCAAAGCCUUCAAGACUAGCUUCAUCCUGAAGACCCACCAGCGCCAGCACGGCGACGAGCGGCCGUAUCCUUGCGGCAUCUGCCACAAGGCUUUUCGCUGGCCCGCCGGCCUCAGGCAUCACUUCUUGACACACACCGAGCAGAUGCCGUUUCGCUGUUGCUGCUGUUCAUAUAGAGCCAAGCAGAAGUUUCAGGCGGUGAAACAUUUGCAGAGACACCACCCGGGGACGCCGGUAGAGCAGGGGGUAGUGAAGGACUCGGACACUGGCGGCCUCACCCUGAAGGACGCUAUGCAAGGAAUGUUGAACAAUAGAGUAACAGAGGAGACGCGUGAGCAAGUAACAUCGAGGAGCAGCCAAGCUUUGAGUGGAACUCGGUGA